GUUUCAGUUUCAGUUUCAUCCCAUUGUCGGCGGAGGCCAGGGAUGUGGGGCGUCUAGAGUUGGGAAUCUCGAGGUUUCUGAUCAGGAUUGCUACAAUGAGUCUACGGAAGCAAACCCCCAGUGACUUCUUAAAGCAAAUCAUCGGACGGCCUGUUGUGGUAAAAUUGAAUUCUGGAGUGGAUUAUCGAGGCGUCCUGGCUUGUCUGGACGGCUACAUGAACAUAGCCUUGGAACAGACGGAGGAAUAUGUGAAUGGACAGCUGAAGAAUAAGUAUGGGGAUGCGUUUAUCCGAGGAAACAACGUGUUGUACAUAAGCACGCAGAAGAGGAGGAUGUGACCGCGUCCAGAGCAUUGUUCUUUUCACCCGUGGGUGUAUUUUUUUAAUGAGAUCUUUCCCUUUUUUUAAAUAUAAUUUGUUGUAUUUCAUAAAAGUUGGUGAUUUUUCACUGACAUGUGAGUAAGUAAAUGUAUAAAAUGGUGAAUUUAAUUGUAAAGAAUUCUUUCGUAUUUAAGUUUCGGUCAUUUUCUGUUACCUCGGUGUCAGUGUGCAGAAUGUAAAAGAAUAAAAAAGGAAAGUCUUUUGUUUU